CAAUACUUCGGCAUUAAGUGGUGCCGGAGUUAAGCGUCUAUUGAGUCGAAUGGGAGACACUGUCAACAAAAUCACAUUCCGAAUGGACGAAUCAGAUCCGUGGUUUGAAGAGAAGCAGAAUCAGAUCGAAAGUCUUGACCAACAGUUGAAAAAACUUUACACCAGUGUUGAGGCGCUUAUACAUCAUAGACGGGAAUUGACUCAAACGACCGGCGCUUUCGCUAAAAGCGCUGCAAUGCUUGGCAACUGUGAAGAGCAUACGUCCCUCUCAUGCGCUCUCUCGCAGUUGGCGGAGACCGAGGAGAAGAUGGAACAGUUGUAUAGCAAACAAGUGGACAACGAUUUCUUCUAUUUGGCAGAACUGCUCAAAGAUUACAUCGCAUUGAUUGGUGCCGUGAAAGAGGCGUUUCACCAGAGAGUGAAAGUAUUCCAGAUGUGGCAACACUCGCAACAGAUGCUCACUAAGAAACGGGAAGCGAAGGCCAAACUCGAAUUGGCGCUCAAAACGGACAAAAUAUCUCAAGCGAACGAUGAAGUGAUUGAGUGGGAAUCAAAGGUGAGCAGAGGUCAGGAGGAGUUUGAGAGCGUGUCGAAGACUAUACGCCUGGAAGUGGAACGCUUUGAAUUGUUACGGAUUCGCGACUUCAAGACUAAUAUCAUUAAAUAUAUGGAAUCAUUGCUCGAAAGCCAACAGCAACUCAUCAAAUACUGGGAGGCAUUCCUUCCUGAGGCG